AGUCUCCCAGCUGAAGUGGUAGAGGCUCUUGAAUUUAAGAUGAGACCAACGACAAGGUCUUUUUUGCAGGAAAAACGGGCCAAAUUGUUCUGAUCUGCCGGCUGAUUCUGAUCCUGUGUCCUAAAAUCACCUGCAUCCUACGUUUAAAUAUAUCUAUAUAACUAAUGUCAUUUAGGUUGAUCUUUUGCCUAUAUGUUUGUCUUAGAUUUUUCUAAACAUAAUAAAAUACUUUUCUGCCAUCAGGUAGUUGGCCUGGGGAACCACGGGAUGGCGGGUACCAGACACAGCGUCGGCAUGGCAGCCGUCAAUCUGCUGGCUCGGCGGCUGAACGUCGCAGACCAAUGGAAAAGCGACAAGCAGUCAAAAGCCGACAUUAUCCAAACCCAGAUCGACGGGCAGCGGGUCGUGCUUUUAAAACCUCGUCAGUUAAUGAAUAUUAAUGGGAAGAGCGUAGCCAGAGCUGCGGAAAAGUAUCAUCUGACCCCCGGAAAUAUUUAUCUUCUGCACGAUGAGCUGGAUAAGCCAAUUGGAAAGGUGUCGCUGAAGCUCGGCGGAAGCGCAAGGGGCCAUAACGGAGUUCGUUCCUGCAUCGAAUACUUGCAGUCUGAUGUUAUGGUCAGGCUCUUGGUGGGCAUCGGGCGACCCGUCCACCAUUCUUCUAUCGUCCGACACGUACUUGAACCUUUCACGAGACCGGAGCAGGAGAUUCUGCCGCAGGUUUUGGAGCAGGGGGUAGACAUGGUGCUUGCUCACAUCCGGCAGAGGAUAAGAACUGAAUCGCCUAAUGUGACAAUUCAAGAAGCUGGAGGUGAUCACAAGUAGAUAUGCAUGCUGCUGUAUGGUUGUAUUAAUUGUUAUUUUUGUUAAAAAGUUAUUUUUUUAAUACAAUACAAAUACUGCAACUUGGU